AUGAUUUCUGAGACUGUCUGUCGUGCCGUUCGUCUAAGCGAAGCGCAUGCCCGCCACGCUCCGCACUCAUCGCCCCCCUCUACGGCGCCGAUUGUGGCCCCGUCGAGUACAAGUAGACAGGAAGGCAACAGCAAGCCUUCUCAGCUGGGUUGUGACUCUCUAGUGCGCGUCAAAGGAAUUGUUGAGUCUAUGCAGAAAGAUUUGGGGGUAUCGGCUGAACUCGCAUCACUCAAUGGCGAAAUUCCACAGGGUCAGUCUGCCGAAGAUCUUGCAACCCGGCUCCAAGCUAUGAUGAACAGCCAGGAGUCAGAGGUUGAUGUGCACCAAAGAUGA